GAGUUGUGUUUACACGGCUAUUCGAAAAUAAGAAAAUAAAUAAAUAUGUUUACAAACUCAUUAAUAGUUGCAGUUUGUGUUUUUUAUGUGCCCGUAAUUCCCACGCAAUAUUGACGAUGUUAUACGGUUACUUCUCACAGUAAUAACGGUAGUUUAGGACGUCGGCGCAUACAUAAAGCCUACUUGACUUAGAGGUUAAGAUAUAUUUGCAUCUCGGCGCUUCUCGACGUUUGGUUUCAAUAACGUUGCCUUUUGUUUGGACAAUAUGAAGAUUGUUACAUGCGUCGCACCUGUUAAUAUUGCAGUUAUAAAAUACUUCCAAUGACAAACUGAGUCCACAUGCCCCCAUGAUGAGUGCGAUGUUGAACUCAGAAGAAUGAAAAGUCAUUACUGUCGUACUCUACAGAUCUUGGCACAUGAUUUUCUUGCAAAAACAUUUAAGUACUGUGAUGUGACAAGGGGGUAAACGAGAUGACAAACUUAUUUUACCACUCAAUGACUCUGUCAGCACAACAUUAAGCACAGAACAUCUGUGUGCGAAGACAACUAUAAUGAUUAGCUCCGAGUUUCAAAGUGACAGACUAUGGCUGAAUGGAAGGGAAGAGAACUGUGAAAAUCCACGUAUACAAAACUGUUUGAGAGAAGUCCGUAAAAGAGCCGCUAAAUCUGGAAACAAUGAAAAUAUGUCUGCAUGGAAUGUCCAUAUUUGUUCAGAAAAUAAUUUCCCCACGGCUGCUGGCCUUGCAUCAUCUGCUGCAGGUUAUGCAUGUUUAGUGUAUGCAUUAUCCAGAAUUUAUGAGAUUGAUGGUGACAUAUCAGCCAUAGCACGUCAAGGCUCAGGUAGUGCCUGCCGCAGUGUGCUGGGAGGUUUCGUGCAGUGGAACAAAGGAGACCAAGAUGAUGGUUCAGAUUCAUUGGCAACUCAGCUAGCUCCAGCUAAUCACUGGCCAGAAAUGAGAAUUCUAAUUCUUGUGGUACAUGAAAAACACAAAAAGAUAAGCAGCAAGAUUGGAAUGGAACAGAGUGUGAAAACAAGUGAACUGCUAAAAUAUCGUGUUUCACACUGUGUCCCACAAAGGAUACAAGAUAUCAAACAGGCUAUAUUAAAUAAGGACUUUGAGAGAUUUGCUGAAAUAACAAUGAAAGACAGCAAUCAGUUUCAUGCAGUUUGUCUGGACACAUUUCCACCAGCAGUUUACAUGAAUGAUGUUUCACAUGCCAUAGUUAAUUUUGUUCACUGUUACAACAAAUUAAAAGGUCACAAUGCUCUUGCAUACACAUUUGAUGCGGGUCCAAAUGCUUGUUUGUAUAUGAAAGAGCAUGAUGUCCCAAAAGUUUUGGGUUUACUCAGUGUCAUUUUUCCAUUUCCUGGAGAAGAAGACAGCUACAUUAAAGGAAUUUCAAUCAACAAGGACACUAUUCCACAGGAAACGCAAGCCGCUUUUGGUAUGGAACAACAAAUUGAAGGGUCAUUAAAAUAUAUAAUCCACACACGUCUUGGAAAUGGACCAAAGAAACUGGAGAGUCAGAAUGAGCAUCUCUUGACAGAGUCUGGAGUACCAAAGAACCUGGUCGUAUGAAGAAACAAUGAAGGAAUCAAAAUGCCACUCGAGAUUAUUUGUGUUAAACAAUACUUUCAACAAGAGCAGUACUGUUUAAUAACUUUUGAAUGGAAAUUGUGGUGCAAAACACACUACUAAACAUGGCCUUAAAUGAAUAUAGUGAUAAGAGUUUGGUUGACAGUGAGUUUAAAUAGCACCAAAAAAAAAAAAAAAAAAAAGGAAGCACA